AUGACUGCGUUGCCUGAGAGCAUUCCAAGACUCUUGAACUUGUCUAACGAAAUCUUGCUUGCUGUUUUUACACUAUGCAGAAGCACAGAGCGAAAGCAUCAAAAUGACACCAUUUCCAGCCUGAGAUUAACCUGCAAGAGGUUUUGCCUGCUCUGCAGCGAUUAUGCUGUUCGUCGCUGCGGAACUUUAGACUUCAGCCGUCCAGAGAGUGUUGUCCUGUUUCGUCAGGUGCUUGAUAAUCGUCGCAUCGCAGAAGGAGUACGCGAGGUCAAUGUGCGAUUACAUUUCUACCAUCCGUGGAUUGCCGCCAGUCUUGACAAUUUCACCGCAGCCGUUUUAUCUGAAUGGGGUCAACGAACUCAAAUUUUCGAUGCAAUUGACACCAACUCAGGCGGACAUAUUACAUUCGAGAGUCUGAUGCAACGAUUCGUCAAUGAGGCAUAUAUGCAUAACGAUGAGUCUGUAGAGUCAUCUGCACCACACAACACGGCGAGCCCGACAGACUUUGCAGAGAGUGUUCUCCAACAUGCCUAUGGAAAGUACAAAGAAAGAUACGAUUCACAGGUGCGCUCCCACGGCGACGGUGCAUUCGCACUGGUAAUGGCCAGGAUCUUGACAAGACUGCCGAACAUCCGGCACGUCAUGAUCCACGAUGGUGUUCUCACAAACAACUAUGAUCUAGGCCGCAAGUUUGACCCAGUUGGCGAACAAGACACCUCAGCCCAAGCCGGUAUUCUAGUUGAAGUCCUUUCUCGGCCAAUGCUAUGGGAGGAAGCACGUUGGAUCCAACCAAACGAAUCCAUCUGGCCUGGGGUUCCGACGAGACUACUUGUGGAUAUUCCACUUGCACUAGGCGCUGUAGAUUCACUGCUCAUCGAUCAACUCUCUAUCCAUGUAUCAGCUGCGCCGGAUUACACGACGAUGCAGCUCAGUAGUGAUGAACGAGACAAGUUAUCAGAUGCCAUCAAACGGGUUGAUCUUCUGCAAUUCAGCUUUCAGCCACGUUGCCGCAGCGGUUGUGGCCCAUGGAUUAGAAACGAGGAGGAUAACGACACGGUCAGGACAGCAACUGAGAUGGAGGUCAUAAACGAAUACUUGGGCGCAAUCUUCAACGCCGGAUGCAUCUCAUAUGCUGAUAUAAAUCUCGGCGAGUUUUGGUACAGCUUAGGCCUCAAAUCCAUACUCGCUGCUCCGACCUCAGUUGGCAUCAAAUUUACAUGGCCUCCGGGAACUAACCUACGCUCAAUUCAUCUGACCGAGAUCUCAGUCACCACUACGGAACUUGGAACAUUGGCUGCGGCUCUUGACGUCGGAUCAGAGAUUUCCUUGUUUUUAGUUCACAUCAGAGUUGGUUUCUGGCGAGAUGCUCUUCAAACAUUGAGAGACGGGCUACGUGAUCCGCAGUCAGUUUCCAUCAGACAUCCACUUGGUGGUGAGGUUCAGGACCUCACACAGGAUCAAAUUGAGUCUGUUUUCGGCUCUCGACAUACAGAAGAGGGCACAAAAGCUGAAUGUUACGUUAUGGGCAGACUGGUAGAGAAUCCACUCAAUGAAGCUGGAUAG